AUGACCAAAGAUGGAGAGGACCUGAUGGAUGAGAGUGUUCUGAAAUUCUACACACAGCAGUGGGAGGAUUACAGGUUCUCCAGUAAAGUGCUCAACGGGAUCUGUGCGUACCUCAACCGCCACUGGGUGCGCAGGGAGUGUGACGAGGGCCGGAAAGGGAUCUAUGAAAUCUACUCUCUUGCUCUGGUGACGUGGAGGGAAUGUUUGUUUCGGCCUCUGAAUAAGCAGGUCACAAAUGCAGUAUUGAAGCUGAUUGAGAAGGAGAGGAACGGAGAGACCAUCAACACUAGACUCAUCAGUGGAGUGGUGCAGUCCUAUGUUGAGUUGGGUCUCAAUGAGGACGAUGCCUUCGCUAAAGGUCCCACUCUGUCCGUCUACAAGGAAUACUUUGAGACUCAGUUCCUGGCUGACACCGAACGGUUUUACACGAGGGAAAGCACAGAGUUCCUGCAACAGAAUCCUGUCACUGAGUACAUGAAGAAGGCCGAGGCUCGUUUGCUGGAGGAGCAGAGGAGAGUGCAGGUUUACCUUCAUGAGAGCACACAGGAUGAGCUGGCCAGGAAGUGUGAGCAGGUUCUCAUCGAGAAGCACCUGGAGAUCUUCCACACAGAGUUCCAGAACCUUCUGGACUCCGACAAGAAUGAAGAUCUCGGUCGCAUGUACAAUCUUGUGUCACGGAUCACAGAUGGAUUGGGAGAACUAAAGAAACUUCUGGAAACGCACAUUUAUAAUCAAGGCUUGGCAGCCAUCGAGAAAUGUGGGGAGUCUGCUCUCAAUGACCCCAAAAUCUAUGUCCAGACCAUUCUGGACGUGCACAAGAAGUACAAUGCCCUGGUGAUGUCAGCGUUCAACAAUGAUGCUGGUUUUGUGGCUGCUCUUGACAAGGCUUGUGGGCGCUUCAUCAAUAAUAAUGCUGUUACUAAGAUGGUUCAGUCCUCCAGCAAAUCUCCUGAACUGCUGGCCAGAUACUGCGACUCUCUGCUCAAGAAGAGCUCUAAAAACCCAGAGGAGGCGGAGCUUGAAGACACUCUGAAUCAAGUGAUGGUGGUGUUCAAGUACAUUGAGGACAAGGACGUGUUCCAGAAGUUCUACGCGAAGAUGCUGGCCAAGCGUCUGGUCCAUCAGAACAGCGCCAGUGACGAUGCCGAGGCCAGCAUGAUCUCCAAACUAAAGCAAGCGUGCGGCUUUGAAUACACAUCGAAACUCCAGCGCAUGUUCCAGGACAUUGGAGUCAGCAAAGACCUCAACGAACAGUUCAAGAAGCACCUCACGAACUCUGAGCCUUUAGACCUGGACUUCAGCAUCCAGGUGUUGAGCUCGGGUUCAUGGCCUUUCCAGCAGUCCUGCACUUUUGCUCUGCCGUCUGAGUUGGAGAGGAGCUACCAAAGGUUCACAGCCUUCUAUGCCAGCAGACACAGCGGCCGAAAGCUCACCUGGCUUUACCAUCUGUCCAAAGGAGAACUGGUCACCAACUGCUUCAAAAACCGCUACACCUUACAGGCGUCUACGUUUCAGAUGGCCAUUCUGCUGCAGUAUAACACAGAAGACGUUUAUACAGUCCAGCAGCUGACAGACAGCACACAGAUCAAAAUAGAUAUAUUGGUGCAAGUUUUGCAAAUAUUAUUGAAAUCCAAGCUGCUGGUUUUAGAGGACGAGAACGCGAACGUGGAUGAAGUGGAAUUCAAACCCGACACCCUCAUAAAACUCUUCCUGGGCUAUAAAAAUAAAAAACUAAGAGUGAAUAUUAACGUGCCAAUGAAGACGGAGCAGAAACAGGAACAGGAAACGACCCAUAAAAACAUUGAAGAGGACAGGAAACUCCUGAUUCAGGCGGCCAUAGUGAGAAUCAUGAAGAUGAGGAAGGUUCUGAAGCAUCAGCAGCUUCUGGCCGAGGUUCUGAAUCAGCUCUCAUCCCGGUUCAAACCCAGAGUCCCCGUCAUCAAGAAGUGCAUUGACAUCCUUAUAGAGAAGGAAUAUCUGGAGCGGGUGGAUGGAGAAAAGGACACCUACAGCUACUUGGCCUAAACAUUUCUCCACUCCAUGUCUUUACUGUCUCUCUCUCGCUCUCACCUUUUUUUUGUUUUUUUUUUAGUUGUCUCUUUGGUAAUAAAUAUCAUUCCUCUUGAUGUUCGGCCUGUGUUGAGUUUAAAAAGCAAAAGGACUAAUAGGAGAGGAGAGUGUGUGCGUCAGUGAAUGUCUUUGUGCAAGAGAUGGACUUUACUGCUUCCCUGGAUAUGGACAGACUGCAUUGGAAAUGUACAUACAAACAGAUACCUCCAGCUUUAAUCUUAUCAAAAUAAAUACAUUGCUGGUUGUAAAAACCCAAUCAGAAAUAAAUCCUACAUUUUAAGCAUGUUAUUACCUAUCAGCAUUUAAAUGAAUAAAGAAGCAUUGAAAUCUUAGCAAUGCGGACCUUCAGAAAUGAUUUAAGAGAAGAAUGGAAAUAAUGUAGGAAAAAAGGUGCAAUUUUAGCUGCACGUCCCAAGAACGAGCAAGUUGGACAGGUUUGUAGACAUGUUGUCUGCAUUGUUACCUGUGACCAGAAAACCAUUUGUAUAGUGUGGUUCACUUUUUUAAUGUGUGUUAAAUAAAAUAAUUAAAAGUU